GCGCAUCCCGAGCGCUUCCGAACCCGACCCGAACUCGACCCGAACAUCUCCGAGCGUCCCCGAACGGCUCUCAGUGCCCCCCGAACACCUCCGAGCGCUGCCCGAACUCGACCCGAACAGCCCCGAACUCGACCCGAACGCAGCCCGAUUGCUCCCGAACUCAACCCGAACGCCUCCGAUUGCAGCCCGAGUGCCUCCCGAGCGGCUCCGAACAGCCCGGAACUCGACCCGAACGCUCCCGAGCCGCCCCGAAUUCGACCCGAGCGUCCCCCAGGGCUGCUGAACGCCUUCCGAUUGCACCCCGAAUGCCGCCGAACGCGAUCCGAAAGCGCCCCGAACGCUUCCGAGCGUCCCCGAUUGCACCCCGAACCACCCCGAACUCGACCCGAGAACCCUCCGAAUGGCCCGAGUGUCUCCCGAGCGUCCCCGAACCCGACCCGAAGAUCUCCGAGCGUCCCCGAACGCCUCCGAGUGUUCCCCGAACUCGACCCGAGUGCGCUCCGAACACUUCCGAACAGCCCGGAACUUGACCCCGAACUCUCUCCGAGUCCUCCCGAACUCGACCCGAGUAAGCUCCGAGCGUCCCCGAAUUCGACCGGAAGUCGCCCCUAACACCCCGGAACUCGGACCCGAACGCUCCCCGAACACCCCGGAACUCGGAGCCGAGCCCCCCCGAACUUGACCGGAAGGAGCCCCGAAUCCUCCCGAACACCCCGGAACACGACCCGAGUGCAGCCCGAAUCCUGCCGAACUCGACCCGAACUCUGCCGAAACACCCCGGAAAUCUAUCCGAAAAGUCCGGAAGUCGGACACGAACUUUGCCGGAGAACCCCGGAACUCGAUCCGAGUGCUGCCCGAACCCCCGCGAACUCGACCCGAACACCCCCGAAUUCGACCGGAAGUCGCCCCGAACACCCCGGAACUCGGGCCCGAACGCUCCCCGAGUCUCCCCGAACUCGAACGGAAGUCGCCCCGAACACCCCGGAACUCGGGCCCGAACGCUCCCCGAGUCCCCCCGAACUCGACCCGAGUCUCUCCGAACUCUCCCCGAACACCUCGGAACUGGACCCGAGCGCCCCCCGAACUCGCCCCGAACAACCCGGAACUCGGACCCGAACGCUUCCCGAACUCGACCGGAAGUCGCUCCGAACGCCUCCCGACUCCAUCCGAACUCGCCCCGAACAACCCGGAACUGGAGCCGAACCACCACCCGAACUCGACCCGAGUGCGUUCCGAACACCUUCCGAACUCGGCCGAAGCCCGGCUCCUCAUCGCCUCCCCGAUAGAACCAAGAUGGAGAAGCAAGGCCGGAUCGAUUGCCCGGCUCUUCCACCCGGUUGGAAGAAAGAAGAAGUCAUCCGUAAAUCCGGGUUGAGCGCAGGGAAAAGCGACGUUUAUUACUUCAGCCCGAGCGGGAAAAAGUUCCGGAGCAAACCUCAACUCGCUCGAUAUUUGGGCAACGCGGUGGAUUUGAGUUGCUUCGAUUUUCGGACGGGCAAAAUGAUGCCCAGCAAACUGCAGAAGAACAAACAGAGAUUGAGGAACGAUGCCCUCAACCCCAAUAAGGGCAAACCCGACCUGAACACGGCCCUCCCCAUCCGUCAGACCGCUUCCAUCUUCAAACAACCCGUCACCAAAGUCACCAACCACCCCGACAACAAGGUCCGCUCCGACCCCCAGCGCCUGGCCGACCAACCGCGCCAGCUCUUCUGGGAGAAGCGUUUGCGCGGCCUCAGCGCCUCCGACGUCGGCCAUGAGAUCCUCAAAGCCAUGGAGCUCCCGCGGGGACUGCAAGCCCUAGGUCCGGUCCCAGACGACGUCACCUUGCUGUCGGCCGUCGCCAGCGCUUUGCACGUCGGUUCUGUUCCGGUUACCGGUCAGCUUUCGAGUGCUGCAGAAAAAAAUCCAGCAGUUUGGCUCAAUUCUUCUCAACCCCUUUGCAAGAGCUUUCGUUGUCACGACGACGACAUCCGGAAGCAGGAGGAGCGCGUGAGGCGCGUCAGGAAGAAACUGGAGGAAGCUCUGCUGGCCGGCGACCCGGCGGGGUCACGGGGUCAAGACGAGUGACCUUUGACCUUUGACUCUCGCCCGGAGGGCGCGGAGGUCAAAGGUCGCCAUUUGGGGGGGGAUGG